CACGUUUCCGCGGCUAGUCCGUCAUUCUUCGUUCAUUUUCCCCUGUCUGGGACAGCUGGUCGUUUGGCUUUUUCAUUUCAAGAACCCUGGAGGCAUACGUCAUUCAUUAUCAUGUUCUCGAAUUCCCAAUCCACUUCCUUCUCUACUGUUCAGGCAAAUGGAUUGAUCGCGGUUCCCGUGUUCGCCUUGCUAUCUGCGUUAGCGCUCGCUUUCAUAGUUUUCAGGAGUAUUCGUCUUGUGGUGAUCCCCUUAUUCCAGCGUGACGGGUCGGCAUGCAGAGCUCCGGAGAACCUAUUCUUCCGUACUCAACUGGGCCAUUAUGCUGCAUCCCUUGUUUUAAGCAACGUUUUCCUCACCGCAGCUGGGCUUAUGGAGUUUUUUUGGGUCAAACAAUCUGGGAUCCAUCAAGGCUCCAUGUGCACUUUUCAAGCUGUCCUCGUGCAGAUUGGUACCUGGUCCACCUGUUUCUUCUCUAUUGCUAUCGGUGUCCACACGUGCAACUCCCUGGUGUUUCGUCUCUACCAAAUUAGUUAUCUGAGCGUCGUAGUCAUCGCCUUUGGAUGGAUCAUGUCGCUGGUGAUUGCACUGGCACCUAUCAGCCAAGCUGGUGUCUAUGGCCCAGUCACCGUUUCCUGUGGCGUCACAACGGCAUAUCCCAGCAAGAUAUUUGGGCUUGAAGCUUUUCCAGUCAUUCUCGUCUCUGUGCUUUCAGUCAUUAUUUACUCCCCGAUAUUCCUUGUUCUCCAGGGUACUCUGCGUGUCGAAGGGGGUAUCAAGUUGACUUUCAAGGCUCAGGGACGAUGGUGUGCUGUGACCGACUCGGAGAAAUACCACCGCUUCAUGGUAGCUAUCGCGAAGACGAUGUUUUGGUACCCUAUCGCAUUUGUCUCCCUCUUGUUGCCGAUCGCGGUUGCAAAUAUGGCACAAUUCUCUGGUCGUGCCAUCCCAUUUGGAGCAGAUGUAUUUGCACAUGUAUGCUGCUCUAUGCUUGGGCUUGUCAAUGUCGGUCUUAUGUACAACACCUUCCGCGUGCUCAGUCCAGUUUUCCAUGGCUCAACACUGCCCAAUAUUGAGGUUGAUACAGAGAAGACUUUUGGAAACAACGCGCUCGACGAAUCGCCUAUUCUCCCCCCAGUCGCUUACAUGCCCAAAGGACCAGUUUUGCCUCUGUACGAUGACACCUCUAAGGCAAUAUCCCCAGUCUCGCUGUCAGAUUUUCCCCCAGUUCAAUAUCACUCUCGCAACUCGUCUACCGCAAGUAUUGAUUCUGCGACCCAGUUGUUGCGCAUCAAGAAGACACCCUCGAGGUUUCACAAGAUGAGGGUCAGGCAGGGCGAGUCGUUGCUGCCUCUGCCUCGCACCAUUCUCACUCCUGCGGAGCUCAACCGUCAGCUCGAUGCUGCGUCUGAUACAGAGAGUCUCAAGGGUCACAGCCUUCGCCUUGACUUGCCUCAGAUGGUUGAGGUCAACACAGCCAAAAUGGCCGUUGUAACUGUCAACCUAUCGCCUGCACCUCGUUCUGCUGCUGCAUCUGUGGUCACUGCCUCUCCAAUUGUGUCUACGCCUCCCAUCAUGAGGCAGUUCACUGCGGCCUUUGGGAGGCCGAGCCGCAAGUUGUCCAUGUUUGGGCCACGGUCAAAAGGCAGUGGUAAAUUGCCCCUCACUCUUGUUGGGCCGCCACUUUCGCCUAUCCCUGCCUCUCCGUCUAUCAAGAGUUCAUUGAAGAAGUCUGUCUCCCGGCUCCGCGUGUCUUCUACAAAACGCAGACCUACUCCAUUGGAUCUCGAUGAUGCCACUCCUAUACCUGUCAUUCGGCCCCUACCUGACAUUACUACAGGGGCUGAGGCUCUUCAGAAGGUUGACAAAGGUAAAGGCAGAGCUCCGCCAUCACCUACAACUCUUCUAGUGGAAAAGGAUGACAUGUCCAGUUCCCGCGCUGCCAUCAGACCAUUACCUCAAUUCCCUCGCAACAGUGUGGCAUCCUCGUCUUCCAGUGAGCGCACUCGCACCGAACCUACUGCAUCUGCUAUCCCCCAUGAACGUCACGGUUCAAUAUCGUCGGACAGUGAUGACAGCAUCUAUUCAACAAGCUCAGUUGACGGGGGAAGUGAGAAAGUCUUGCCGAGCAUUCCACCGACGCGCGGUAAUACCAUUGAAAGCACUGACUCCGAGUCGUCUUCGUCCCCUUGUUUCGAGACAUGCAAGCGAGCCUCCAAAAGUGACAGAUUGACCUGGACAACGGUCUGGUCGCAGGAUAGUGCUGUUACCUUAAGCCAGUCCCCAGACGAAGAGGCCAUGCUUGCAUAUACAUCACUUUUCCCUGGCGCGGGCGCCAUCGAGGGUGAUCAGACGAGCGUAGAGAAUGUUCCGAAGAGACAGGAAGUUCCUCCUGUACCUCGCGCUCCGAUACCAUUUAUACUUCGGCCAGGCAAUUCGGUGGUAAAGCUGUCGGGUAUCCCGCCUCGGUUGCGCACAUGAUUCAGAGGACUGCAGCCACAAUACUGCACACUACACGAUUUACAUACGAUAUUUACAUUUACAUUUACAUUCCACUAUCAAAUAUUAAGCAUUCCAGUCCUUACCAUUGAAAUUAUAUGUCUCGAUUGACUGUGCAACAAGUGCAAUAUAAUUGGAUUAUGCCCAAGAUGGUAGAUUCGAUGACGUAUC